GCCUUUGCCUGGGAUUUGAGACUGUGAGAGUGCUGAAAGGUGAAUCUCUGGGCUGCCACUAUGCAGAUCUCUUGGGCUGUGUGCUCUAUCUGUGUCCUGAUCCAAAUUGCUGUACGCUCAGUAGAAGGGUGGCAAGUGUUUAAAAAUGAUGCCACAGAAAUCAUCCCUGAGCUCCCUGAAAAUACAGAAACACCAGUGGAGCAGACUAACAGCAACAACAACACAAUGAACCAGGCAAAACACGGGGGAAGACAGCCACAGCCGUCUCUGGAUCCGAACGAUGCCUCAGAUUUCAGCUGCAGAGAGCUGCGCUACACACGGUAUGUCAUUGAUGGGCCCUGCCGCAGCUUCAAGCCCAUAAAGGAGCUGGUCUGCUCAGGCCAGUGUUUCCCCUCCCACCUCCUCCCUAACUCUAUUGGCAGAGGAAAGUGGUGGCGCCAGAAUGCCCUGGAUUACCGCUGCAUUCCCGCGCACGCUCGCACUCAGCGCAUCCAGCUGGCCUGCCCCCAGGAAGAGACUCGGACUUACAAAAUCCGAGCUGUCACCGCAUGUAAAUGCAAGCGCUACACUCGCUACCACAACCAGUCUGAGCUGAAGGACUUCGGGAAGGAAACCAUCAGGCCUCAGAAAAACAAGAAGCCUCGUCUCUCCAGAGCAAGGGGCAGCAAAUCCAACCAGCCUGAACUAGAAAAUGCCUAUUAGAAGGUCCCUUCUGAGAGGUACCGCCCAACAGCUCUGGAUAUUUUGCAUUUCAUCAAAUGGCAGAGACAGACAGGCCACAGAGUAAGGUUCUGAAUGCAGUGGAAUCCCAUUCCUCCUGCAACGCUAGGACAAGGGCUCGCAUAGUCAAAACUAUCAGAUUCUAACAGCUGUGGUCUGAUGAAAGAGAGAAAUUGAGCUGGUGGGAGCAGCACCUAAAUUCAAUCUGAAAGGAGAGUUAGCCUGGGAAUUUGCAUGGGGUUUUGUGGUGUGCACACUGAGGAAGGCAGAGGAAGCAAAGGUAUUAUGGUGACUGUUCCAUAUAUUACACUUUGCAAGAGGUCAUUAUCCUUACUUUGUCCGAACAGAGCCUUGAAAGCGCUCUCAAAACCACUUCAGGCAGGACAAGAACAAGAGUAGGGAAACAACAGGAGAAGAGUCAGCAAGCUUUGACUGAGUUUUAGGAAGUAGCAAUAGCAGACUAAGGAAAUUCAAAUGUUUUAGUGAAAGAGAAUAAAGUCCUGCCAGAUUUCUGCAUGCCCAAGUAAUUUCCUUAAAUGAGGAGAAACAUGAGUCAAACAUGAAAUUUGUGAUCCCAAAGUGCAAGUAUAAAUGUGAAUCUGAGCCAUUCCAUAUCUUUACUCUUAUAGUACAAGACUCAACAGAUUUAAGGUUGAGAUUUGACACCAUCAGAAAUGACUUUGGGAUAUUGCUCAGUUGCUGGAGAAUGAGGCAGAUGGCCACAUGGAGGCCCCUCCCAAACCCCAUAACUCUAUGAUGUUCAUCUUUUAAACAGAUAUAUGGAGGGCCAAACAUAUUUUUCCUAGAGUUUUUCAAACUACUUCUAACACAGCUGAGUAAUUUACAGUGAGGGCCAAUAGGAAGGAUACAAAGUAUUUGCCUUACUCCUCCAAAAGCAAAUUAACUUUAGCAUCAGAGCUGAGAUGUCAGCUUCUUAUGUUCUCUGUUCUGCAAAGUUUGGAUCAUCUGACCAUAUGUUCUGUUUUGCUGGACUGGGCAUGGCAGGUUCUGAGGGUAAGGUGCUGGUUCCAUAUUAGCGUGAGCCUAUGCUAAUUUGAAAACCAGUGAACUCCUUCGGAGAAGUCUUGGCUAUGUGCAGUUCAGUUUGACAAUGUCUUUCCUUUUAAAUAGCUUCACACCAUUCAUACAUGUGUUUGUGUUUUUACAUUAAAGGGUAUUAUUGGAAAGUUAAUAUUCAAAUGCUGUACAUAUGCUUUAGGACUGCAAACCGUAGUAUCACAUAAUACAAAAUUUGGAUGGAAAAUAAUUCCUUGCUGUUCUUAUUUUCUGUGUACAGUUGACGUAAAAAUCUUCUAAGAUGUGAGUUUAAAACUUUGGUAGAUUUUGCAACUAUUUUAAGUGGAACCAGAAUCUAAAUGUGAAAGCUAUUGUUUCAAAGAGUAAGUUACAUAUUUAUUUUCUCAUGUAAAUUAUUUAUGCAAAGUUUUUUCUUGUAGAGAAUGAGAAGUAAUACUGCUUGCAAAAUGUUAGUCUGUUAUUUCAGAUUUUAAAUAUAUUGUUAAUAAAGUAGUGACAAUGAGUAA